AAAAACAAAGCGGGAUAAAUCGUAAUUUUUCGAGAAAUAACAAAAAUUUUUCAAAUGGAUUGCGACGCAGUUCGUUUAUUGAAUGCUGAAAGCCGUGAGCAAUUGCUCAAGGUGAGGAAUGAGGAACUGGCUAAUGUCCGAAAACUGCAAGUAAUUGUUCAACACCUGAAAUCUAUGAAUUGCAAAGAAAUUCCCUUACCUGAUCAUGAGCAAGUUGAAAAAGCCCAAAAGCUAUUAAAAAUUGCAAAUCAUUUGCAUUUAAAUGAUAAAAAGGACGAAUAUGUAUUAGAUAUCGGAGCCAUGUGUGCGGUUAAUUUAAGCUACUCUGAACGAGGUGCUGUACGCCGCCAACUAAUUAAGGAUAUCCAAGAAAAACUUUCUCCUAUAAGAGAUUUUGGGCAAAAAUUGCGUUCCGAACUGCCAGAAUUAUUAAAUGAAAAGCUUGAUCCUCGGUUCCUAAUUAUUGAGUUGGAAAAGCGACGUCGUUCGAAUUUGGAAAAGAUUGUUGAAUUCCGUCAACGUAAAUGUCAGCUACUAAAAAUGGCUGCCGAUCUUAAAAUGGGUCCCUAUCUUGGUAACGAGCUAGAAUUGCUUUUGAUGAGAGCGAACCGAGAUCUUCUAAAGGCGAAAGUUUUGCACAGUUAUUUUAUUAACGAACUGCUGACACGUAGUGAACAUAGUUUGAAAUCUAUACAAGAAGUAGAGGGUUAUAUUAAUGAUACUCUAAGACAAGUGGAAGGAAAUGUCAUAUAAAAAAUCAUUUUCCUCAGGCUUAUCUUUGUCAAGUAAAUUUGAUGUUACAUCGGAAUGUUAUGUGCGGAGAGGAACAAAUAAAUAAAAAACUACUGUCUACAUAUCUGCCUGGCACAGCCUUCAUUCAACGCAUUCUAGGAAAAUAACUUACAUUUUGAACGAAAAAAAAGUAAAACAAUGUAAAUGAAAAGAAAAUUAUAUAAUAUAAUAUGUCUAACCCGAGAUACCCCCAAGCACUUAAGACUGUGAACAAUAUCUAUUCUGUAAUCGCCAAUCAAGAUAUCCACGUAGAGAAGAUAAUCAUCCUUAUGACCAAAAAGCAUAGAUUUCGAUUUGGGACGGUUGGUGAGUAGGAUGUUCGCCAAUAAUCAUUCCGAGAAGAAUACUAACACUAUAAUUGAUGUUUGACUCAAACCUGAAACUCAAAUCAAACAUUGUAAAGCCGAUUAAAAUCGGUCAAAUGGUGGGCAAAACUAUUAUAGAUAUUGCGAGCGUUACAGAUUCGAUUUUACCCU